CUUUAUAUUUAAAGACUCAACUCUUCAUCUCUCUUCUUGCUAACUUAUUCAAACCAAUUCACAUAGCUCCUAAAUCUCAACGAAUACACUUUGAGGCAACAUUUUCUUUUGUUGAGAUUCGUUCGUCGUUUCUAUUCAUUAAGUCUUACUUCUUCUUUUUUCAUAUUUUCGGGCGGGUCAAAUGGAUCAAGAGAUAGAGAUUCCUUCCUUCUUCGUUUGUCCGAUCUCUCUAGAUAUCAUGAAAGAUCCGGUGAUAGUUUCCACCGGAAUAACCUACGACAGAGAAAGCAUCGAGAAAUGGCUCUUUUCCGGAAAGAAAAACUCAUGUCCGGUCACCAAACAAGUCAUAACCGAAACCGAUCUUACCCCAAACCACACUCUUCGCCGUCUGAUCCAAUCUUGGUGUACUCUUAACGCAUCAUACGGUAUCGAGAGGAUCCCAACCCCAAAACCUCCGAUCUGUAAAUCCGAGAUCGAAAAGCUUAUCAAAGAUUCGUCAACUUCGCAUCUAAACCAAGUCAAAUGCCUCAAACGACUUCGUCAAAUAGUAUCGGAGAAUACGACGAACAAACGGUGCUUAGAAGCCGCAGAAGUUCCGGAGUUUUUGGCAAAUAUCGUAAGCAACUCCGUUGAUACGUAUAGUUCUCCUUCUUCUUCGCUUUCUUCUUCGAAUUACAACGACAUGUGUCAGUCAAACAUGUUGGAGAAUCGAUUUGAUUCUUCAAGAAGCUUGAUGGACGAAGCCCUAAGCGUACUCUACCAUCUUGACACAUCGGAGACAGCCCUCAAGAGUCUUUUAAACAACAAGAAAGGAACAAAUCUUGUCAAAACGUUGACGAAGAUUAUGCAACGUGGGAUCUACGAGUCAAGAGCCUAUGCGGCUUUGCUUCUCAAGAAGCUCCUAGAAGUUGCGGAUCCAAUGCAGAUCAUAUUGUUGGAACGAGAACUUUUCGCCGAGGUGGUUCAGAUCUUGCACGACCAGAUCUCUCACAAGGCGACAAGAUCAGCAAUGCAAAUCUUGGUGAUUACAUGUCCAUGGGGAAGGAAUAGACACAAGGCAGUGGAAGCUGGAGCAAUUUCGAUGAUAAUCGAGCUUUUAAUGGACGAUACUUUCUCAUCUGAGCGAAGAAAUUCGGAGAUGGCGAUGGUUGUUCUUGAUAUGUUAUGUCAGUGCGCAGAAGGAAGAGCUGAGUUCUUGAAUCAUGGUGCGGCUAUUGCGGUUGUGUCUAAGAAGAUAUUGAGGGUCUCACAGAUAACUAGUGAAAGGGCGGUUAGGGUUUUGCUUUUGGUUGGGAGGUUCUGUGCGACACCCUCUUUGUUGCAGGAGAUGUUGCAAUUGGGAGUUGUAGCAAAGCUGUGUCUGGUUCUUCAAGUUAGCUGUGGGAACAAGACUAAAGAAAAGGCGAAGGAAUUGCUUAAGCUUCACGCUAGGGUUUGGAGGGAAUCACCUUGUGUCCCAAGAAAUUUGUAUGAUUCGUAUCCUGCUUGACCCAGCAAGAUAGAACGUACAUGUUUGAUUAAUUCUCAUCAGUGACAAAAAUUCUUUGAGAGUUAUUCUUCUCUUCGUAUAAGUUCAUUUAAAAACAAAAAAGAGUGGUUUAAUUUUUGCUCAAACUCAGAUUUUCUUUUGUUUUUGUUAUAUCUUUCAAAUGGUCAUUAUCAUGUGUAGAUAAUAGUGGAUAUAUUUUCAUGAAAUUAUGAGAAACUGCAAAGAAAUAAAUGGAUUCACAGGUUACAUGGCUAUUUUAUCCCA